AUGCAGGCUCAGGCGGAGGCCGCGAACCCUCUGCCUCUGAGCCGCUACGAGGGCCAGCCUAAGCGGGAGAAGUGGGCCAACAAGCUCGAGUUUCUCCUCUCCUGCAUCGGGAUGUCGGUCGGGCUGGGCAACAUCUGGCGGUUCCCGUACAUGGCCUACGUCAACGGCGGAGCGGCCUUCCUCAUACCGUACAUCAUCUUGAUGAUUACUGUCGGGAAGCCGAUGUACUACCUGGAACUCAUCCUCGGGCAGUUCCAGAACCUGGGUCCCACGGCGGCUUUCAACUGCUUCCCCCUGUCCAAAGGGUUGGGCGUGUGCAUGGCCUACACCUGCUUCUUCAUCUGCCUCUACUUCAACGUCAUCCUGGCGUAUGCGCUCAUCUACAUCGUGCACUCCCUGAAGAGCCCGCUUCCCUGGGUUUCCUGCGAUCAGAAAUGGGCCAACGAGAUGUGCUUUGACAGGAACGAGACCAGCUGCCGAACCGUGAAUCACCAUCUCUUUGACAACUACGUCGACCAAGUCGUCACCGCGAACCGGACAGUAACGGUUACUCGCGGCAGCAAAUCCGUUCCUGUUCCGUACGAGGCUUACAUCAACGCGAGCUACGGCUGUACCAAUGCCACGCAGUCAGCGUCAGAGCAGUUCUUCUACCGACAAGUGCUUUCGAUGAGCCAAGGCAUCGAAUUUCCCGGAGAGCUUCAAUGGGACCUAACGUUCUCCCUCUUCCUGUCUUGGGUCUUCGUCUAUAUCGCGCUGAUAAAAGGAAUCAAGACCUCGGGAAAGAUAGUGUACUUCACGGCUCCUGCUCCGUACUUCAUCCUGACGGUGCUCCUUAUCCGCGGUGUCACCCUUCCUGGGUCCAUGAAGGGCAUCAAGUACUUCCUCCUUCCGCGCUGGGAGAAGAUGUUCUCUUUCGUGGUGUGGCAGCAGGCGUGCCAACAGAUCUUCUACUCCCUGGGAGCGGCAAUGGGUACCAUCAUUUGCCUUGGAAGCUUCAACGACUUUCGCAACGAUCUCAGAAUAGACAUCAUGUACAUCACAGCAGCGGACUUCUUCACCAGCCUUAUCGGCGGGCUCGUCGUCUUCUCUGUUCUUGGAAACAUGGCUCACAAUCUGGAUCUCGACAUAUCAGAUGUCGCCGAAGGAGGUCACGGCCUCGCUUUUGUCACCUAUCCCGAGGCGGCUAGCCUGAUCGCCUGGCCCAACCUCUGGGCUUUGGCCUUCUUCCUAAUGCUGCUGCUGCUAGCGGUGGAUAGUCAGUUCUCUAUGUUCGAAUCGGUCCUGGUGCCAUUCAAGGAUGAAUUUCCUCUGUUACGGCUGUAUCCGUCUUCGAUGGCGUUAGGGGCCUCCGCCUUUAGCUUCAUUCUUGGAUUGAGCAUGGCAACAAAGGGUGGACUGUACGUACUGAACCUCAUUGACACGUACAUAGGAGGCAUGAUCCUUCCUAUCAUCGCGGCCUUUGAGCUUUUCACGGUGUGCUGGAUGUACGGAAUAAAAAGGCUUUCACUGGAUGUCGAGUUUAUGCUCGGGUCUCCACCGGGUCUCUUUCUGAAGAUCUGCUGGGGCAUAUUUUGUCCCGUCUCUCUCCUUGUGAUCGUCAUCGUGACAUUCUUCACCCAAAAAAGGACUACUCUGGGUACUUACGCCUAUCCCUAUUGGGCCGACGUCCUUGGCAUGGCAACUGUUCUUAUCGGACUGCUCCAGAUUCCCCUGUUUGCUUUCUUCUACAUGCGAAAGAACAACUUCAACGUAGUGAAGUGUCUCGAUCCGGCGCAAGACUGGGGACCGAGUGACAAGGCACUUUUCGACCAGUACACGAGCUUCGUGAACAGCCGCACCUCAAUACCAUCGGCGUCCGGACACCCCCCGCUACCAGCGUCUCAGUUUGCGGGACCCGUACCGGAACUCGACAAAGAGGAAGCGGCGCCAUCCAGAGCGCUGGAGAGCGAACCUCCCACGAGGGACACGGCUGGCGUCGACGAAACGUUCACUUCUCCCUCUUCGUCGGCCGUGGGAAAGAAGCGGUCCGGCGGGUCCGGAGGGCCGUCGCGAGCCGCAUCUCCGGGCACGGUUCACGGCAUGAGAGAAGAAGGCAUCGAGACCGCGGCAGCUGCAGCUGACAAAGAGGCCAACAUGGCCGCGGAGGCUUGAUGCAUUCCGAUUAAAAAGGGA